AUGAGACGCUUUUCGACGUUCCUCAGUUUGCGGGCAAUUCCGCCACGAGGACUUGUCAAACUUAAUAGAAAGCUGCUUGAGAUCAAGGGUCCAGACUCCGCCAAGUUCUUGAAUGGACUGCUGACGACUAAGAUGCUUCCCACUUUUGAGAAAAAGAACCUGACCACGAUAUCUGCCAGUGAUCUACAAGCAUUAGAGAACUCCAAAAUGCUCGGACUCACCGACGAACAGAUGCAGACCGAGAAUUGGGGCAUUCUUCACGAGGACGAGACCUACGACCCAGAUGUCCCAGAAAGACUGGGCAUCAGGAGGGACGGACGGUAUUCCAUGCUUCUGAACUCUAAGGGACGAGUUCUGUCCGAUUUAUUUGUCUAUCCAACUCCCUAUACCCCAAACAACGGCCCCAAGUACUUGCUUGAGAUGGCACCAAAGAAUUUCGGUCAAAUCCAGAUGAUGCUCAAGCUGCACAAACUUCGAGCAAAGAUCGAUAUUUCGGUUGCAAAUUAUAACUCGUGGUUUUAUUACGACCACUCCGAGGAAUUCGACGAGUUUUACGACUUAUUGCAGUCCGAGUAUCUCAAUAAUAGAAACUCCAAGAGUGUGGAAGCCGCUUCUACGUGGAGCAAGUAUUUACAAGAUAGGCUUGUUAAUGAGGAGAUACUGACGGAGGCGGAUGCCUCGCAAUUACAAGGAUUUGCGAUCGACGACCGUGCGCCAUGUUUUGGGCUCAAAUUCGUUCUUCCCCCAGAAAGCCAGCUCCAAAACCUAGAGGAUAUCAAAGUGGGGCACGAAGUUUAUGAUACCUUACGCACUUUGGUUGGAAUUUCAGAAAUUUCCGACUUCAAGUCCGAAACACUGCCCUUCGAAAAUAACCUCGAUUACAUGAAUGGAAUCAAUUACAAUAAGGGAUGCUAUGUAGGUCAAGAGCUCACUAUCAGAACGUUUCAUUCGGGCGUCAUUAGAAAACGAGUCAUGCCGAUACAACUGUUCAGAGUUGGAGAGCCCGUGAGCGAGGAAUUAAAAUUGGCAGACGAAGACCUGGGUCUGGGCCAGUAUACGGACCUGCAGCUGAUCAACACGUCCAAGAAAAACCAAGACGCCGAGCCUCAGUCUUCAAACCCGUUUGGAUCGAAGAUGCGCAGAGACAAAAAAGUUGGAGAGAUUAUCAGAGUGCAGAAUAAUAUUGGCCUGGCCGUUGUAUAUGUGGCCGAGAUCAGUCGUGACAACGCGCCUGGUAAUAACGAAUUCCCUAUAGUAUCAAGGAGUUCGUCAGAGGUCGCUGGUAAGUUUAUUGCCAAGGUUCAUAUACCUGAAUGGUGGCCCCUAGAAGAGCUGGAGGAGGAGGAGGAGGAAGAGGAAAAAGAACACGACGAUUAA